UUGCACCUUCGAACGCAAGAUGUCCCGGUAACUCCGUUUUUCAACCGCGGUAUGCGGCUGCUAAGUCACAUGGAGUAGUGCACAAUUAAUGAUAAUAAAAGAAGUGUCAUUAUUACGUGACAACUUGAGAGUCUACCUGCUUCGGUAAGAGACGAGGAGAAUACGCGUCAUUUGGUUUGAGCAAACUGUCGCGACCACUGUGUGUGAGUGUGCUAUAUACGAGUUAUGUGUUACCUAACCUCAAAGAUAGCUGCUGGAGUACAAUAAUAGUAUACAAGUUCACAAAUAUCAGAGAGGAUGUCGAAUUUACUUGCGCGAACGCUUGCCCUUGUGCCGAGGUGCACGAGGAUUUCUACGAAUCAAACUCGAGACAUAAGUAAAAAUCUCCAGUUACAUCAGGUGAUAGGAAAGAAUCCUAGAGGUCAAAAAUCGAAAAGUUCUCCCAUCACAUGGAAAACUGUAGGAGUCACAGCUGUUAUAGGUGGUGGCCUUUUGGGUUAUAUGUAUUACCUAAGGGAAUUGAAGGAAAUAAAGAUAGCCAAAGAACGAAGACGUCAAAUUGGUAAAGCUGCUAUAGGAGGAAAGUUUGAACUAGUCGAUCCACAAGGAAAUUUAGUCAAGUCUGAUGAUUUUUUGGGCAAAUGGGUGAUGAUUUACUUUGGCUUUACUCACUGCCCAGAUAUUUGUCCAGAUGAACUUGAAAAACUAUCGCUUGUUGUAGAUAGACUAGAAAAGGAAUACAACAUUGAAGUUAAGCCCAUAUUUAUUACUGUUGACCCAGUCAGAGACACACCAGAAGCUGUAGGAAAAUAUGUUAAAGAAUUUUCAGAUAAAAUUAUCGGAUUAGCUGGCUCUAUUGAACAAAUUGCAAAAGCUUGCAAAGCUUAUAGAGUUUACUUUAGCAGUGGUCCUCCUGAUGACGAUGACGAUUAUAUUGUUGACCAUACUGUUAUAAUCUAUCUGAUUGAUCCUGAGGGUGGAUUUAUUGACUACUAUGGUCAAACUCACGAUGCGGAUAAAAUAAUUGACAGUGUUCUUCUUAACAAAUUAAAAUAUGAAAAAAUCCAAAAUGAAGAUUGGUUACCGAUGUUAAAUUGGAAAGGAUCGAAACAAACUUCGUAGUUAGUGAUCAAGCUUACAAUAUCCUUGUUGUAAGUAGUUAAGGAACUUUAUUUGAUAAAACUAAGAUUUUUGUAUAUAAAUAAGAGAUUUAUCUUUAUUGACAUGUAAUUUUUUUUCAAUUGUUAAUAUUAAAUGUACUUUAAACAAACACUAUACUUUUUUCUGUUUGUACGACAAUGGGAUGCAUAAUAUUGCAAUACAGCAAAUAUAGGAUAAACAUGUUUAUUUGUCUCUUAGACAUGUAAAUUUCUUUUGAUUUGACAAUAUUGAACGUACAUUUCAACACUUAUACUGCUUACAAUUUGACUUUUCACAAUCAUUACAUAGAGAGCUUUGAUGAUAAAAUGCAACAUGCAUUUCAUAAUUUGUAUAAAUUAAAAUCAGCUCAUUUUUGUAUAGAGUAAUUGGUCUUACAAUCGCAUUGCUAGAUAUAAUAAAAAACCAUUUUUACAAAUCUUUAGAAUUUAUAAUAAUUAUACUUUGAUCAUUUCGUUUUCUGUAUAAUAUGUCCGCUUGUUGUGAAGUUUAUCGUAGUUAAUUGACAUUAAUAAACAUUCGAUGUUGAAAAUCAACAAUUUAUAAAUAUAGAUGAAUAUAUUUUGAUAUUUAUUGACUGUAAGACCGAUUUACAAGAUUGCACAUAAAUUGUCCUGUAACAGGUACAGUCAUUGACCUUUUAAAAACAACUAUUAUUGGCACCCUGAAAAUUAAAAAUCAAUUGGCUUCUCAUCCCUACUACAGGUGUAAUUGAACAACUGUAUCGCAAUGACGGAUUCGUUAUACACUUUACGUUAUACAAUAAUAACAAGUUUAUCGUGAUAUGAAAAUAAGUUUUAAUUCAGAUAUGAAUUUUUCGUACGGUCGUCAUAUUAAAUCGCGUAUAAAAAUAGGUAAAAGGCAAAUUUCAUCACAUCUCACACCAUUUUAAGGUCGAUGUGAGAUCAGACUUAAGUAGGUUCAAUUAAAAUAAAUCUUUCGCGUCACGCGUUGCGUAACUGCAUUCGUACAUAUUGUUAUUAAUUUUUAUACAUUUUUACAUUUUCCCAGCACUCUUAGCUACGAGAAUGGUAUAGAAAAUUCGUUUUCCUUUUUCAAGAAAAAAAUGAUGAGCAUACAGAGGCCAACAACAGUCAAGUUAACGCUAGAUUCUACAUCGAUCAGGCUCGCUCAUCUCCCGCGCAAUUAAAGUACACAUAAGGUAUAAUGCUGUGAAAGCGUCAUCUCGCUAAUGCGAGCGCGGUAUAAAUUAGACUUAUAAUUAACAAAUUAUAAGCCAUAGGGAGUCGAUAAAGCAGAUACUGGCAAUGUUUUAUAACAACUAACGCUAUAUGAUAAUAGAAUUCGUAAAAAAUC